AACUAUAUCCAUACAUAUGUACACACUGCGUGUCAAUUGUGUCGAAAUACUGCUGUGGACAUUUAUACAAAAAAAGCAUUAAUAUAUAUAGGCAUAAUCGGUUCAGUAGUAAUAAUUAAUGUUUUCGGACGAGUAUCAAUUAAUUCGUACUGCUAACCACAAUGAAUAAUAUCGGUAGAUUAUCACACGAACACGCGCAAAGGAACCGUAUUGUUGGAUGUGGAAGCAAAGUGAGUGCCCAAAUAAAUUAAAUGCCACAAAGAGGAGUAAAAGUCUAGAAAAGUGCACAAUUGAACGCAAAGAGCAGAAUACAUUAAAAAAUGUGCUAAGCUUUAACAUACUGAGCGGUCUUUGUGGGCGGCAAGUCAACAGGAAAACGGACGUGUACGAUAACAAGGGUUAUUUGGAAGCUGUCCCUGGAACGACGAGACAUAAAAGGGACUCCGAUGACGACGUUGCCAGCAUAGAACCAGACCAUACGCAACUGGGCACUAGUGGACAAUUAAAAUACGUGCCAAAAAGGCAACAGGGAUCGAUUCUAUUGGACAGCCCAUUUGCCAGACGGCCGAAUAUUUCAAUAGCAUCCAAUUUUUAUCCACUAGUCCAUCAUCACAAUCCAGCAUCUGCAUCUGCAUCUGAAUCUGAAUUUGCAACAGUUCGGCGAGGCACACCAACACUAAGCGAAUUUGUGGUCGAUCACGAUUAUAGAAACCUAAGCAUUUACCUUAACAAAGCAAAGGCGGGGCAGCCGAACAUUGAGUUGGGGCAUUUGCAAAAUGCCAGAUACCAAAAAUUGAGCAAGCGCUACCAAAGCGAUGAUCGAGAUUUUAGAUUCAGCCGGCGUUCACCUGUGAAGAGGGGCGCCAUAUCGCUGGACAACCAAAUUCGAGCAGCUUCCAUAAAGCAGUGCAUUUGGGGGCAGGCAGAGACUCGAAAUAACUUAUUUUCUCUUACGACUCCAGCGCUGCUAAUCGAUGCUGUGGCCAGGCAUAAAUCUUUAGAAAUCGGUGCCGCCGACGACAAGCUGCCAGGUAAUGGAAGUUCGAAUCGAAGCUCAUUUUCUUCGGCAAAUGCAUCCAAUUUAGUGAACGAGAGUGAAACGGAUCAUGAAUCUGGCGAAUCCUGUGAAGAUAUAGAUUUAAACAACAGCUGCAUCCGUUCAGAGUUCAAAUCGAGAUCAAAAGAUCGUGGUCAGCUUAAGCGUCAAGCCGAGAUUCAGAGUAGAUUAUCAUCCAUCGAUUCGAAUAGCGACCGAUAUGGCACUGCAUUAGAGUAUCUAACUGCCAGCACCACCUCCAGCAUAGUCAGCGGCGAGUCGGAGAACGUUGUGCAUCAUUUCAAAGUCCCUGAAGAAAAUCAAACUAGUUUCAAUUCGUUGCCGGCGGCGAGCGCAGUUCGAUUAGUAAUGUCAUUGUCAUAUAGAUCGCAACCGUUGAACAGUUUUACUAAAUCGCAAAAGAACCUCGGCCUGCGAGAAUCAAGCACUGCUCCAAGCGAAUCCCCUCAAGAGAAUCAAGCCAAGCAAUAUGAAAUAGGCUCGGCUAGAACUAAAGAGCAAGCAACAUCUACAGACCCCGGCAACAAUAAUCAGAGGCUGUCAAAGGCCAAUCCCAGCUAUAAUAACAACACCAACACCAGGACAUUAAACCAUUUGGACAACAACAAUAGUCAGCUAAAUAGCUAUAGAUACAACGAAAUGGUCGGCACACAGAAUACAAAUAAUGUUCAGUUGUCGACGGCGAACGCCAUUCUAGAUGCCAGCACCUUCACCGGGGAUAUGCUGCCAACGCCUUCCAUCGAGAUGCAGUUGGGUAAAACACAAGCUUCGCCCGCGAUGCUCACCAUGACUAUGCCCCAAAAUCAAAUUCAAACCGGAGGCGGCAGUGGAAGUGGAAUUGGAAUUGGAAGUCAAAUGAAUCCAAAUAGUUUAUCGCAUCGCUCCUGUACGGAGGUGCCAUUUUAUAGCAGCAGUUACGGAUCGACGGCAAUUUUUCAGGAUCGUAAAUUACCCUCAAAACCGACAACGCAUGAGAUUUCCAACUAUAUUGGAGAUCAUCCCAGGGUGCACGUUUCAACCAUAGAUGGAUGCGGAGUCUCAAAAUCAAUUCAAGCAAGCUCUCUACCGAACGUUACAAUUGUGACGCCGAAAUCGGAAGCAUCCCCAACUUCACCGCAAAAAGAUAGAGAUUUGUCCCUAAAUGCGGCGGCAGUUGACUCACUAGCUUUGGUGUCACAGCAUCAGAAAUCGGUAAUAGCUGGCAGCGAGCAUUUCACAUUUCAUGAACAAAUAAUUAUGUCUGGUCAGCAGAAGAGCGCACUGCAGGAUAAGCCAAAGGCGCUAGUUGUUUCGCCGCAGCAAGUUAUGAUUCUUUACAUGCACAAAUUGACGCCUUACGAGCGAACCGAAAUAUUAGCCUACCCGCAGAUUUACUUUAUUGGCGCCAAUGCUAAGAAACGCCCGGGAAUUUAUGGACCCAACAAUUCCGAUUACGACAAUGAGCAGGGCGCUUAUAUACAUAUACCGCACGAUCACGUGGCCUAUCGCUAUGAAAUGCUUAAAAUAAUUGGCAAAGGUAGCUUUGGGCAAGUUAUUAAAGCCUAUGAUCACAAGACGCAUGAACAUGUUGCACUGAAAAUUGUGCGAAACGAAAAACGCUUCCAUCGCCAGGCACAGGAGGAAAUUCGUAUACUGCAUCACUUGAGGCGCCACGACAAGUACAACACCAUGAACAUUAUACAUAUGUAUGAUUAUUUUGCCUUCCGGAAUCACACCUGCAUCACUUUCGAGCUGCUCAGCAUCAAUCUAUAUGAGUUGAUCAAAAAGAAUGGCUUUAAGGGUUUCAGCCUGCAGCUGGUACGUAAAUUUGCUCAUUCCUUGCUCCAAUGCCUGGAUGCACUUUAUAAGAACGAGAUAAUUCAUUGUGAUAUGAAGCCGGAGAAUGUGUUACUUAAACAGCAAGGUCGUUCUGGUAUCAAGGUGAUUGACUUUGGAUCGUCAUGCUUUGAAAGUCAACGUGUCUACACAUAUAUACAAUCAAGAUUUUACCGUGCACCCGAAGUUAUUUUGGGCGCCAAAUAUGGCAGAGCUAUUGACAUGUGGUCGCUCGGAUGCAUUCUUGCUGAGCUAUUGUCGGGGCAUGCCCUAUUCCCGGGCGAAAAUGAGAGCGACCAGUUAGCGUGCAUUAUCGAAGUUCUUGGAAUGCCGAGCAAAACUUUAUUGGCGAGCUCGAAGCGAGCGAAAACGUUCUUUAGUCCAAAGGGGUAUCCACGCUAUUGUACUGUCCGGACCAUGCCCGAUGGUAUGGUGGUAUUAAUCGGUGGUCAGUCACGGCGAGGCAAACCACGUGGACCACCCUGCUCCAAGAGCCUAUCAAAGGCAUUAGAUGGCUGUAAGGAUCCGCUCUUUCUUAACUUUAUUCGUGGAUGUCUCGAAUGGGAUACGGAAAAACGAUUAACGCCCUCGGAAGCCCUGAAGCACCCAUGGCUGCGUCGUCGUUUGCCCAGACCUCCAAGCAGUACAAGCGGAGGCGCCGCUGACGGCUCAAGCAGCGCUGGCGGCGCUAGUAUUGGAGGCGGCGGAAGCAUUAGUGGUGACCAAUCACCAGUGACAGGUAUGAAACCGAAUUGUGGUAAUGAAGCUGCCACAGGCUCGGCAGCCUCUGAAAGAGAUAACAUUAGCCAUUGCAGUGGCCGCGUUAAUUAUGUUGGAUUUGGCGGCCCCAAUCUGUCUGGUGCGACAGCAUCGCCAGCUAGCAAUUCCGCGUUGCCUGUUGAUCUUUUGGCGGACAUCAUAAGCAAAACGAGCGUUAAAUGUUCAACAUUAGAAAGUGUACCGACGGCUGUGGCUUUGGAUAGCAGUAAUGCUAGUGGCAUUAAUAGUAAUACUAUCGGCCUAUCUAGAUAUCCAUCGGCAUUAUCGAAUUUGUCUCACACUGUGGCUGUCGGCAGCGGAUCAGAGUGUUUACCCACUAUGUCCACAAUAAACUCCAUAAAGGGGGCUACAAAAUCGCAAACGCAUCUAUCCGAAUCAAUCAUAACUACCAAUUCGAAGCUGGCAAAUACUACACCCAUUUUAACAACGGCUGCUGACACGGGACUUACGACAAUUAAUUUGGUUGGCUCGCAGGCCUUGUUGGAAAUGGAUUGCUAUAAGGCAUAUUCAGUUGACAGGCCAAUCGGCAAUAGGACGUCAAAUACCAACUUACUCCCGCACGCACAAAAGAUGAAAGCACCAUCAAAGGAUAUUUAGCAGAAUAUGGAACAAUUAAUUGCCAUGCAUCUAAGGGCUUAGGGCGGUGCUUGUUUGUUGUUAGUCUAUAUAUAUAUAUGUAUAUAUGUAUAUAUGUAUAUAUGUAUAUAUGUAUAUAUAUAUAUAUAUUGACAACACACUGCCAUACAAGUGAUAGACUUAACACAACUCCUACUUGGUUUUCAAUUUAAGAACCUAAAUAGCUGCUAUAUUCCAGCACAUUAUCUUCCUUGCAAGCAUGUACAUGCACUCACAUGGAGGCAAAGAUCUCAAGAAGGCUAAAUGAAGCAAAAAUAGUGGCAUUACAAAUUAUACUACUAAUCGAACGCUUGCAUUUAAUUAUUAACUUAUUAGGCAUUGCGAGACUUUUUAUGGUUGGCAUAUAAGCAUUAUACACAUGCAUAUAUCCCCCCACAUACAAUAUACAAAACUACAUACAUUAUAUACAUGGUACCAACCUGUAGCAUUAAAUUCAUUGCAAAAAUAUUCAGUAUUUGAGCGUAAAGUAAUACUCGAUCUAUAUCGAUAUCGGACUUCCCAAUCUAUUUAGUUAUGUCUAUGUAUGGCACAAUUCUAUAAACAAAAAACGAGCGAAUCGACAACAAAAUAUUGUAAAUUUAAUUAAUGUGUUCAGUUCUUGGAAUGUUUUCGAUAGUCAAAGUCGAAAAUAUCUAAUUGAUAACUUUUAUAUAAAGGGCAUAAAAACAACAACAACAAACGAAUAACAGUCGAGGGUCUCAAUUGAUUAUAAGUAAUAAAUAAAUAAAAUUGCAUUAUAAAUGGGUAAAAGCCCAAUAGAAUUGCAAUCGAAUUGUGACCGUCAUUCUUGUAAACGUGCUUGAUUAUAUAUAUGUAUUAAUUGC